GCAUACUUCACUUUGCAACAGACCUACUACUUGAUUAGCUACUUCAGCAGUCGUAGAAGCCAGGUCCGGAUAAUUAUAAUGCAUUUCUCAAUCACGCACGCCCUCACUCUUGCUCUCUUCGGAGGCCUUGUAACGGCCGACUGCUGUAAAAACGGCCUCGACUACUGCGGCUAUGGCCUUUUUAGCAAAGACCCCGACCAUAUGCGGUACACGCGGUUCCACUGCUGCGUCUGCACGAAUACCCCAGCCGUAAGUUACUGUGGUGUUAACCGAUGCACAGAUGGAGGAUCUGGGCACAGCGACUAUUGUAAUUAG